AUGGAAAGUAGCAGCAAAGAUCGCACCAGCUUGCAUUGUCUACCGGUUGAGCUGCUCGAGAUGAUCAUACGAUUACUUAGCUCAACUACAUCUUUAAAGCCUCUUUCGACGGUCAACAGAGUCUUUCGUCAACUAUGCGUCCCAUUCAUUUUCCGAACACUUCGAAUAUCAUGCUCCACGUCAGGAUUGAACUGCCUGGUAGAGGCAUCGCACUGUUCUAUUGCACCAUAUGUGAAAGCAAUACGUUACGAGAUUUCAGAGCGUAUUGAUCCUCAUCAACAGGAGAUAAUUCAAAGUAAUCGCGAUCUCACUAGUUUGUGCACGUCACUUCCCUUAUUUACAGGUCUUGAUACGAUCCAGCUUUGUUUCUCAUCUUAUUUUAAGCCUCCCUUCGACUGGUGUGCCGAACGCAUGCUACUGGACGGUCAACUCUCAUUCCCUCGUCAUGUAGAGGUAAUGGCAACAGCAAUUGCCGCAGCCAAGAAAUACCGUGUUGCUAUUCGUACUUUGAUAAUAUCAGGAUUCUACCCACGGGUCCUCUGCCAUUCUCGGUUAGUCACUGAUAUUAUUAACGAAGCAUUUUCCGAUGUCAAAGAGUUGCAACUUCACGAUAGCCCAGCUAUCUUGAAUUUCUUUGAGCAAUGCCCUCUGCCUCAACUGGAACGGUUCGAAAUAGGAUGCUAUUGGAUGUCAGUUUCGCAUUUGGAGAGGUUCAUCUAUGCUCAUGCAAGAACGAUCAAGUUCCUCCAUCUUGAAGACAUCUGGCUUUUUCGCGAAAACCGAGAAGGCAAUAUUCUUAAUCUUACACUGGCCGAUACAAAAAUGAUACUUGACAGCUUAACCAAUAUUCGAUACUCUGGUAUUUUGAGUGAACUGACGAUAAAUCGGAAAAUCGACGGAUGCUAUGAGAUGAAGGAAAGUUUUGCGUGA